AUGGAUCCCUCCAAGGAGGGUCUCCUCCGCUCCGGCGAGGCCCGAAAUUCCUUCGACUCAGACCACGCCGAUUUCGAAGGCGCCGAUCGAUAUGCGUCCGAUGAUAUCCCCCAACCCGAAAAGCCGACCGGCUUCCGCCGAUUGUUCACCCGCAAGAGGCGCCUCGUGAGCAUCAUCGCCCUUAUUGCGGGCGUAUGGCUCCUCAUCGGUCUCGGUGGCGCUGCCAAGUCGUGGGCGGAGAGCUAUCGGAAGGCCAGCCAAAUGGUGGAACGCAUGACCCUGGCGGAGAAGGUCAACAUCACCACCGGCACCGGGUGGCGGAUGGGCCUAGCUGUCGGCACGACAGGCCCUGCCGUCCACGUUGGCUUCCCACAGCUUGCCUUGCAGGAUGGCCCGCUCGGCAUUCGCUUUGCCGACAACGCAACGGCUUUCCCUGCCGGCAUCACUGUGGGCGCCACGUGGAACAAGGAGCUCAUGUACGCUAGAGGAAAGCACACGGGCUUCGGCUCGGAUCCCUACCUCCAGGGCAUCGCCGGCGCCGAGACUGUUCGUGGUAUCCAGUCCGAAGGCGUCAUGGCCACCAUCAAGCAUUUCGUCGGCAACGAACAGGAGCACUUCCGCCAGGCCCGCGAGUGGGCGCUUCCCAACGCCCUCUCGAGCAACAUCGACGACCGAACCAUGCACGAAGUAUAUGCCUGGCCUUUUGCCAACGCGGUCAAGGCAGGCGUCGCGAGCGUCAUGUGCUCUUAUAACCAAGUCAACAAUUCGUACGCUUGCGCCAACUCCAAGCUUCUCAACGGCAUUCUCAAGGACGAGUUCGGCUUCCAAGGAUUCGUCAUGUCGGAUUGGCUGGCCCAGAGAGGGUGGGAGGACGGAGAGUCCCUGUGGGGACCCAACUUGAGCCGGUCCGUCCUCAAUGGAUCCAUCCCCCUCGAGCGCCUUAACGACAUGGUUACCCGCGUUGUCGCUGCGUGGUACCAGCUUGGCCAGGAUGACGAGACCCUUUUCGACAACAAGGGCCCCAACUUCUCGUCCUGGACCGACGACCAGUUUGGUCUUCCCUUUACCGGUAGCACAUCGGAGCAGGACAAGGUCGAGGUCAACAAGUUUGUCAACGUCCAAGGCGACCACAAGAACGUCGCCCGGCAGGUGGCCGCCGAGGGCACUGUCCUGCUCAAGAACGACGGCAUCUUGCCCCUGAACCGUGAUGGCUCGAGCGCCAGUCAGAGGAAGCGCAAGGGUGGUAAAGUCCGCGUCGGAAUCUAUGGAGAGGACGCCGGUGCCGGCGAUGGCCCCAACGUUUGCAAGGAUCGUGGCUGCAACCAGGGUACCCUCGGUUCAGGCCAGUUCGAUAGGAAGCGGGUCGUGGUGACCCAGCACCUCUCCAACAAGCUGAAGCCGCACGAGAACCCCACCGUGCUCGACGAACAGGAUGUCUGCAUCGUCUUUGCCAGCGCGACUGCGGGCGAGGGCUACAUGUCGUGGAAGAACAUCAAGGGUGACAGGCCUGAUCUGUACUUGCAGAAGGGUGGAGACAAGCUGAUCCAUACAGUCGCAGCCGGCUGUGGCGGUGGUGAUGGGGAAACCAUUGUUGUCAUCCACAGCGUUGGCCCUGUCAUUUACGAACGCUUCAUCGACCUUCCCAACGUGAGGGCCGUCGUUCUGGGCAACCUCCCCGGUCAAGAAAGCGGGAAUGCCCUCGCCGACAUCAUCUUUGGAGACGUCAACCCGAGUGGCAAGCUCCCCUACACGGUAGGCAAGUCUCUCGAAGACUAUGGCGAUGCCGGCCAGAUCAUGUAUCUCCCCAACGCCGUCGUGCCCCAGCAAAACUUUGACGAAGGCGUCUUUGUCGACUACCGCCACUUUGACCAUUACGACAUUACGCCCCGCUUCGAAUUCGGAUACGGCCUGUCCUACACGACCUUUGACUUUGCCAACGUGGUGGUCACCGAGGUCAAGCCCAAAUCCGCGCUUCCUUCCCCUCGCCCCCAGCCCGGCGCCGAGCCUCCCACGUAUAGCGACGAAAUCCCGGACACCAAGGAAGCCGUCUUUCCCAGCGACAUUCGCAAGCUCGACAACUACAUCUACCCCUAUGUCGAAUCAAUCGACGAUAUCGCGGCCGGAUCGCCGUACCCUUACCCAGAGGGCUACGACAACCAAAUGCCCCUCUCGGGUGCCGGGGCGGACGUUACCAAUACGGGCGGCGUGGCCGGGAAGGCGGUGGCACAGCUCUAUCUGUCGUACCCCAAGGAGAGCCCGGUGGAAGUUCCCGUCAAGGUCUUGCGCGGGUUCGAAAAGGUGCAUCUGGAGAAGGGAGAGACCAAAACGGUGGAGUUUCAAGUGACGAGGCGUGAUCUGAGCUACUGGAAUGUGGAGGAGCAGAAUUGGGUCAUGAUUACAGAGGGGCAGUACAAGUUUGCGGUAGGGGCGCAGAGGUUCGCCAAGGCGUGCGGCAACGUCAGGCUGCACGACCACAACACCCUCGCCGCCCGGUGCCGGAACAAGACUGGUGAUUACCGACCCACGGUUUUUAACAUUGAUGCUUGCUUUGCCAACGAUAAGGGGCGGCUUGUUCGUCAGGACCAUGGUCAUUAUUCAUGGUCUUGCGACGGGUGCACCCUCGACCCUUCGGGCCCGGUCUUGAUGUCCUGUUACUGCGUCGACGGCGAUGACAAAUGGGUCACCACCAGCAUUCGCCUGAGUAAGUCCCAAAAUUUGAUCCAAGACCUCUUCUACUCUCCCCUCGCCCCCGCUAACGCUGAAGCGGCAGAUGACUACCUGACCAACUACAACGGCUACAUGUGCUGCGGCGUGGGCAUCUGCAGCACGCUCGUCAAAGUGGACCAGUUCGCCAUCUUGGAGAACGGAAAUGACACCGCAUUCGACAUCUCGAAGCUGGAGCUCGAAACGGCCCCCGUUCCCCUCGACGUGCUUCUCGAUGUCACCACCUCCAUGGCGUCCGCCACGAUGUCGAGCCUCCCGAGCGAUAUUGAUGGCGGUGGCUCCGUCGCUCCUACGACGACUACUUUUGUCACGCACGCGGCCCAAGGCUAA